UUAUCAUUGACAUUUCUUGGUUAACCAAAAAGUGAAUUUGCGAUAGUUUUUAAUAAAACAUAAUUAAUUGUAGGCGAACUAAAAUGUCGACUGUGGAAGAUUCCAAAACGUUUUCACGUACGACUUUUAACUGUGAAAGGGCCACUAUUGAAAAUUACUACUGCAAAUAUUGCAACUUCCAUACGGCAAUGACAAUUCUUAUCAAACAGCACUUAGAAGAGUCUCACAGUGAUAAAAUGGGCCACAGAGAUGUAGUAUUAAUUGCAGAACAUGGCUUCAAAACAUAUACUUGUGACAAUUGUAAUUUCAAAACAACGCUUUUCAUGAGGUGGGGUGAACAUCGUACCCAAUGUCUAGGAAAGAAAGAAAAUCGUCGGCGUUACAAAUGUGAUGAGUGUGGAGUAGUUUUUAGGUAUCUAGACUCUUUAAAAACACAUAGAAUUUCCAAACAUCUUAGCGCUGAUGAAAUACAUUGGUACUUGUGCUCUGUGUGUUCAUAUCAAACUAAACAUAAAAUACUUUUGAAAAAACACAUGAGUGCAGUCCAUCAUAAUACAACAGAUAUUAAAUGGUAUGAAUGCACAAAAUGUACAUUCAAAUCUAAACGACCGGAACGUUUAGAACAACACACAAUUACCCAACAUUUGAAUCAACAAGAUAUUAAAUGGCAUCAAUGCAUAAAAUGCCCAUAUAAAACUGAACUUGAGUCUUCCUUAGAACUUCAUAUAAAUUUGGAACAUACAGAUCAACAGAGUAAUGAAUGGUGUGAAAGUCAAAAUUAUCCAAAUGAAGCUCAAAACAAUACACAAUUAAAAAGUCACUCAAGUAAACACCAUUUAGAUGAACAUGACAUUAAAUGGCACCAAUGUAAAAAAUGUCCAUUCAAAACUAAACACACAUAUUCUUUAAAACUUCAUACAAAUGCAAAGCAUACAGAUGAGAAGAAUAUUAAGUGGUAUGAAUGUGAAAAAUGCCCAUAUAAAGGUAAAGAAAAAUCACAUUUAAAACGUCACAUAACUACUCAACAUAUAAAUGAACAAGACAUGAAAUGGUAUAAAUGUCAAAAAUGUUCAUACAAAGCUAAAACAAGGAUUCGUUUAAAAGAACACAUAAAUGUUCGACAUUUGGAAGAAAAGGAUAUUAAAUGGUACGAAUGCAAAAUGUGUACAUUUGAAACUAAGCAUCCUCGAAGUUUACGUAAGCACAUGAGUCUACGCCAUGUAGAUAGACAGGAUAUUAAAUGGUAUGAAUGUAAAGAAUGUCCUUACAGAGGCAAACAAAAUGUGGAUUUAAAACGACAUACAAUUUCGCAUCAUUCAGGUGAACAGCGGGAGAUCAAAUGGUAUGAAUGCAAAUUAUGUCCAUUCAAAAGUAAAUGGGACGCCGCCUUAAGGAAACAUGUCAAGACCCAGCAUUAGAACGGAGAUGGAAUUUUAAAUGAGUUGUUUCAAAACCAGUAACUCCCCUUUUUAAUUUACAAAGCUAUGUAAUGUAUUAAUAUGAUAAGACUACAAAAGCUUUCAUUUUUACUAUACAAGAAUUCACUA